AUGGUACUCCUUGCGCGGUAUGACUUGGAUGACUCCAAAUUUGGACACUUCGAUCCUCACAAUACCUACCCCGAACUUAUCUCAUUCGGUCAUCAACUUUCCGAACUUCUCAGUCGCCUCACAUCUCCUCACAAGACUGCGCUAGAUGAUCCCAUCCCAAAAAAAUCUUUCCCGAAUGGCAAUUUGCUGAACUAUGAUCGGAAAGACAAGAAAUAG